GCUCGGGAAGGAACUCAUCCACCACCCGAGCGAGAUGCACUUGUCGAUCCUCGAAGGCCGCAACUUGCGCUCGUACAUGAUGCGCAACGUUCUCGACCCGUACGUUGUGCUGACGUGCGGCAGCUUCAAGCACAUGACGUCCAUCAAGCGCCAUACGCUCAACCCGCUCUGGAACGAGCACCUGAUCUUUCCACUGCAUGAAAAGGAAGUGUUCAAAUCCGAGGCGAAGCCCGAGACAAUCAAGCUCGUCGUGUACAACCACGACACACUUUCGCUGGGCGAGUGCAUUGGCGAAGGCGAGAUCGACCUCAGCGCGCACCGCGACGGGACCAAGGCCAAGAUCUGGGUGUCGCUGACGCAGAAGAAGAAGCUCAACAUGGAAAUGCUGGGCAGCGCCGUGCAUAAAAUGGCGAUGGGCGACCCGCUCGAGCCGCAGAUCUGCGUCGAGCUCCAAUGGAUCGACACGCGACUGCCCACGAGCGUCCACGUGCAAGUGGACGCGGAUGGCGCCGGCGCGCCACCCCGCGUCCUCAACCGCAAGUUUUGCGACAAACGCCUCUGCUACGGCAUCCAGCACGACGAGAUCCUCGAAGGCCGCAUCUUCAACGCCACCGACAUGUAG